GCCGAGAACGCUGAAGUUUCUCCGCGAUACCGAAUAAAGGGGUGAAUUUUCGCUGGCCCCCAUCUCGCCACAUUCCCCGACCCCGGGGUUGCCUACAUCGCACAUCUUACCCGCCUAUCGCCGGGAGUUCGAACGAACCUUGGAUUUGACCAGAACCCUUUCCUCAUGUCGCAAUCGGGCUAUUCCAUGUCCAAUCAAUUUGGACACUCCGCCGACGGAGUGGAUCCGUCGGAUUUGACCAUGCCAAACGGUGGCUUCAUGCCCUACCCGUUUACCUCCCAACAGAACAUGUCGUCGAGUUUCAAUUUCGGCAACUCGGGCAUCGACACGGACGAGCUGCUGGAUCUGGAGAUCAGCGGCCAGAAUGGCGUCCCACGCGACAACAACGUGAACUACCUGCAGGACCAGCAGUCCGGCGCUGGCUCCGGCAUCCCCAUGAGUCACCACAGCCAAAUGUCGCAACUUUACUCCAACACCCCGGACGGCGCUCCCAUGAACAGCCCGUUCAUGCACAGCUUCCACAACUACGACCACUUCCGGUCCAUGAACCAGGGCCAGCCCGGGUCCCACAUGCAGAGCGGAUCCCACUUUGACCAGAACUACCUGGCCACCAAGGGGCGCACCGGCUUGCCGGCGGGCACGUCGGCCGACGGUCGCAGCCCCAUGACUCCCAAGACCCCCGCCCAGGGGUUUAGCAGCUUGACCCUCGGCACGCCGGAAUCCGGCAGCUUCCCCACCCAGCCGAUCCGCACGGGCCUCCAGCACCGGCACCAGAAGACGCUAUCGAACCAGUGGGACGGGACGCCCGGGAGCGCGCACUCGUACGUGGAGUCGCCCAUCUCCUCCCCGGGCCACCCCUCCCACCACGCGGGGAUCUCCGAGAUCCUCAAGUCCGGAAAGCAUGCGUCCUUGCCGGCCAAGGUCGAUGCGCACAUGCCGGGGCAGGACCUCGAGUCGCAGGAGGCCAAGCGCCGCCGUCGGCGGGCGUCGCACAACCUGGUCGAGCGUCGCCGACGCGACAACAUCAACGAGCGGAUCCAGGAUCUGUCGCAUCUGGUGCCCGGCCACCGGCUCGAGGACGACAAGGUGCGCAAGCAGCUGGUCAACAACAGCACCAUGCCCGGCACGGGACCGGGGGCCAACCCGGCCACGUCCCUGCUCGCAGGUGGCAACGGGCGCCGCGCCACGCCGGGGAACAUCACCAUGGGUCUCCCGAUCGAAGAGAAGGAGAAGGGCCCGAACAAGGGGGACAUCCUCAACGGGGCCGUCAGCUGGAUGCGGGACCUGAUGUGGGCGCUGCACGUCAAGCACCAGCAGGAGGCGGAGCUGGCCGAGCUGAUCAGCAGCCUCGGCGGCACCUGGCCUUUUGAGCAGACGGAGGACGAGAAGCGGAUGCGGACGGAGAUCCUGGACGCCUUGGAGCGGAAUGACCCGAGCUCCUUCAACUACAGCCGGGGACCCGGGAGUGGACUCCGCGUGCCCAAGCACACGAACAUGGCGGGUGAGGCGGUGUCCGGAAAUGGAUCCCUGAGCCCGCAGAGCCUGAGCCCGCCGUUCCACGCGAACGGCAAUCCGAACGGGACGCAGUACUGGAGCGGCUCGGGGCAUGCGGCCAUGAGUUUCAAAGAAGAGGACGAGUACACGAUGGAGAUGAACUAGGCGGGGCUUCAGUUCAGAUUGCAUUCGUGGUACGAAAGUGAUGUGUUGCAUCCACAGGCGCCAGAGGAUAAUGGGUCAGUGACGGCGUACUGACGAGAUAUGAUAUUUUUUUUUCUUAUUCUUUUCCUUCUUUCUUGUCUUGUUAUGCUAUCUAUUAUCUUUUUUUUUCUCUUCCCCCACUCACCUUGGGUUGAC